AGUUUGACACAGGCGACGCGGGGGAAGAGGGGCGCCUCCACAGCCAAGCACAGAUUUCCACCUCCCCUCCUCCCCAGCCCUUCCUUGCAGUAGGUGAGUUUGAAGAGGUCCCUGGGAUCUUUGGUCUAAGGCGAAAGGUCUUCCCAGCCAACCCUUGAGAGAUGGGAACCCACACCCUCCACCUCCCUACCGUGCAGCGUGGCCUUGCCUCUCGGGGCACGAAGCUGCGCUUGCCGCUGGGGACUGGACAAACCCAGUGCCUCUCUAGUUUCACCUCUAGAUGCUUUAAAGAGUCAGGCUUAUGUAUUUAACGACGUCAAAGCACCCGGCCCCUCUCACACUCAACGUGGGUCAGAGCCUAGGCACCUGUUCCUCAAAGUGUGGCCGCCAGCCGUGCAGCAUCAGUUCUAGCAUCACCCCGACCUGGUUAGAAAUGCACAUUCUCCGGCCCCGCCCCAGACCUUCCAGAUCCAAGGCCGAGGAGAGGGGCGCCGCCUGUGCUUUGGUACCCCUGCACGUGACCGCCUCUGCCCUGGGUCUUCGACUCCGCACAGUGUCUUCGGCUAGUGGACCUUUUGACACCCACUCCCUUGCCCCUGCUGCUAGGCCGCUAGAAGCUAGAGGCUGCGAGAGACGCCUCUGGAAACUUGCAGGGCGGAGAGGAGGCGGCAGGAGCCCGGCGGGAGAGGGACCGUCCUGGGCUGCCACUGGCAUCCGGAGCUGCGGUAAAGGCUGGCGUUUGGGGUCUGGGCUGCGCGAGCUGCGCCCACGCUCCGCAGGUGGUGCUGCUGCCGGACGCGGGGAGCAGAACUACUCCGGGAAAAGCACGUGCCGUGUUCUAGCGGUUCCUAGGCCGGUGUUUACAAGUAAGCCAUACCUGGCCAUGACUCUUUGAGAACAUUAUGGUGUUCCUUUGUGCUUCUUCUCACAAGGAGUUUUCCUAGCUGUUACCUGUUGAAGACAUGGAUAUCAAAAACUCACCAUCUAGCCUUAACUCUCCUGUCUCCUUCAACUGCAGUCAACCUGUCCUACCCCUGGAGCCAGGCCCCAUAUAUAUACCGUCGUCCUAUGUAGAGAGCCGCCAUGAAUAUUCGGCCGUGACAUUCUAUAGCCCUGCUGUGAUGAAUUACACUAUUCCCAACAACUCAGAAGGUGGACCUGGUCGACAGACCACAAGCCCGAGUGUGUUGUGGCCAACUCCUGGACACCUCUCUCCUUUAGCCAUCCAUUGCCAGUCGUCACUUCUGUAUACAGAACCUCAAAAGAGUCCUUGGUGUGAAGCAAGAUCACUAGAACACACCCUACCUGUGAACAGAGAGACACUGAAAAGGAAGGCCAGUGGGAGCAGCUGUGCCAGCCCUGUUACUAGUCCAAGUUCAAAGAGGGAUGCUCACUUCUGCGCUGUCUGCAGCGAUUAUGCGUCGGGAUACCACUAUGGAGUCUGGUCGUGUGAAGGAUGUAAGGCCUUUUUUAAAAGAAGCAUUCAAGGACAUAAUGAUUAUAUUUGUCCAGCUACAAACCAGUGUACAAUAGAUAAGAACCGGCGUAAAAGCUGCCAGGCCUGCCGACUUCGGAAGUGCUAUGAAGUCGGAAUGGUGAAGUGUGGCUCCCGGAGAGAAAGGUGUGGGUACCGCCUAGUGCGAAGGCAGAGAAAUUCUGAAGAGCAGCUGCAUUGCCUGAGCAAAGCCAAGAAAAAUGGUGGACAUGUGACACGAGUGAAGGAGCUACUGCUGAGCACCCUGAGCCCCGAGCAGCUGGUGCUCUCGCUCCUCGAGGCCGAGCCGCCCCACGUGCUGGUGAGCCGCCCCAGCGCGCCCUUCACUGAGGCCUCCAUGAUGAUGUCCCUGACCAAGCUGGCCGACAAGGAACUGGUGCACAUGAUCAGCUGGGCCAAGAAAAUUCCAGGCUUCAUGGAGCUCAGUCUGCAUGACCAAGUGCGGCUCUUGGAGAGCUGCUGGUUGGAGGUGCUAAUGGUGGGGCUGAUGUGGCGCUCCAUCGACCACCCUGGCAAGCUCAUCUUUGCUCCAGACCUCGUUCUGGACAGGGACGAGGGGAAAUGUGUAGAAGGAAUUCUGGAAAUCUUUGACAUGCUCCUGGCAACGACUUCAAGGUUUCGUGAGUUAAAACUCCAGCACAAAGAGUAUCUCUGUGUCAAGGCCAUGGUCCUCCUCAACUCCAGUAUGUACCCUUCAGCUGCUGCAAGCCAGGAGGCUGAGAGCAGCAGGAAGCUGACUCACCUGCUGAACGCCGUGACCGAUGCGCUGGUCUGGGUGAUUGCCAAGAGCGGCAUCCCCUCCCAGCAGCAGUCCGUCCGCCUGGCUAACCUCCUGAUGCUCCUUUCUCACGUCAGACAUGCCAGUAACAAGGGCAUGGAACACCUGCUCAACAUGAAGUGCAAAAACAUGGUCCCUGUCUACGACCUGCUGCUGGAGAUGCUGAACGCCCACACACUUCGCAACAGCAAGUCCUUGGUCACAGGGCCAGAGCGCAGCCCAGUGGAAGCGAGUGAGAGCAAAGAGGGCUCCCAGAACCCCCAGGCUCAGUGAUGCCCAGCUCUGAGGUGUGACAGGCUGCAGAGGAGAUCAGACGCUGCAGCGUGAACUCCAGCGGGAAUCAGGAGCCUGUCAGGGGUGGGUGGGCUUCUCGGGCUUUCUGCUGUGCGGUCACACCAGGCUCGGUCGGUACCGUCCUUCUCUGACCUCCCCACCUCCCGGGAGUCAGAGUGAGAAGACCAGUGUUUUCUGUCACCAGGGGGCACGGCUGAGUGCAGUUUAUGUCUUGCUUGGCCUCGUGGGAUCUCACUGGGCUCUCUCUUACUUUCCAUCUCCCUUCUGCCCUUUGGAAAACAUCAUCUUACAGGUUUUGGGGUGAAUGGUGGAAACCUGACCUGGAAGGGUUGUCAAGUAGAAAGGGAGGAGAAUGUAGCGACUUAACCUGCCCCUUCCAACAGUCCUUCGUAUGCUGCCUCCUGACCACUUGAUUGUAGGAUUGAAAACCACGAUGAUAAUCAACUGGUUCCACACACUUACCUCACAGGCCCAUGAGGACGGAUGUCACCAUGACUCUGUCUAAGGCCAGAGGGAACGUGAUCUAGGGAGCCAGUGGACAAGCUAGGACCUUGCUGCCAUCCUCAUGCAGGUACACCCCUCUUGAUUUAGAGAGCCUGCGAAUUAUUUGGGGGGCUGUGUGUCUGUGUGAUCACCUUCAUGGAGGAGUGUGGAUUUAAAUACCCCUGCCCCUGGAAUCCUGGGAUUGCCCCCCCCUUUUAAUGGAGGUACUGGGGCUUGAACCUAGGACCUUGUGCAUGCUAAGCACGCCCUCUACCACUGAGCUUUACCCUCCCCACUUCCCCGCCAUGGAAUUGCUCUUUCAUAAAACUCUCUUGUCCCAAGGGACCCAGCAUGUGUGCUAGAGGAACGGACCAGUAUUUGUAGGAAUGGGGUUUCUCCUGUGAGUGUGCAUCCCUGGGGCAGCCACAACUGCCACACCAGCCACCCAGGACAGACAGGGACACUUCAGGCUGUGUGUGUGAGGCGUGCUCUCCUACGGAAGGAUGAACAGCUACAUACACAUCAGCAUGUCAGGUUCAGGGCCAAACUGUAUAGAAUGGAUAGCCACACCACUUGAACAAGAUUGUGAACUCUGUUUAAAAAAGAAAUAUUUAGGGGUAAUUAUUUAUAGCUAGAGAGAAUUCUUUUGUACCCUAGGGGUCUUUUAAAAUAUUUUCUUAUCAGAACAUUUAUAUGAUGGGCUGGGUGAAAUAAACUUACUAAAAUAUUAGUUCUUAUUUCACGUGGAAUUUAAAUAGGACACAAUGACAAAGCACCUCUGAAAUCACAAUUUUAACUCACUUUUUAAAAACUGAAAAUUUUGUACAAAUUUUCAGGAACAUAGUGAAUGCAUAAAAUGAGUUACAGCUAUGCUUUGGAAGGGAGGAGUUAAUCAUGUGUGAUUUUUGCGAUGUUUUAAAAAAUUACUAUGUGGUAGGGGAUUCAUGUAUUUUCUUGUUGAAAAUAGUAAAUAUGGAGUGUGCCAGCCAAAUUAAACCUAGUCAUUAGGAAGAUUAUAGUCAAUAACGUAAGGUUAGUUUCUUCUAAGGUGAUCUUGAAUAAUUCUUAAUUUUGGUAUCAGUGCAAUUUUACUAAAAAAGUUGAGCAAAGCUGUAUCAGAAACACUUGACCACAUACCUAGACAGCACAGCUGUCCGUAUUCUGAGGUGAUUUGAAAUUUUUCUUAGUGACUCAGUGUUGCAGCCUCAGUGAGACUCAGUACGGGAAAGAAGCUGGACUCCAGGGAAGCAGUGUUUUUCAGAAGGUAAAUUUUCUUUCUUUCCGGCCAGCUCAGAACCCUCCUCACCGACAAACAAGGAGAUGAGGCUACAGAGCAGGAAGUGGAGGCAAAGAAGGCAGCCGCGUACAGUGACUUAAUUGUAUUUCUAAGAGAGACCACCAGGUUGAAAAAACAAAAACCAAAACAGAAUGAGGUCCAAGCUACUGCCCCGUUAGUAAGUAGUGAGGCUUUGCAGGUUGGUUUUGAUGCCAGAGUGGGUACCAGAUUGGUCCCAGGUGUCCAAGCACCUGUCUGUGCCAGCCCCGUGUGCUCGCCCACACGUGCCCACUGCUCAUCCUCCACAGACACUCCUGCAUGCUCCUCUGGGCGGCUUAUUCCAGUGCAUUUGGAUUUAGCCCGCGAACAAGAGGUAACGAUUUUGGUCACUUCUUCUUGGCUGAGGUCUCAGUUGGAUGUGCUGGGAAUACAGGUUACUCAGCCCAACCUGAGGCCGCCCUGGGGCAAGGCUGUCUCUCAGCCUGUGGUCUGGGCCAAGCAGGCAGUUGAGAUGAUAUGGUCUAUGGUUUAAAGGUGUUCUUCUUUUGACUAUUUAGGGCCCUUUCCCCCUUUCAGGUGAGUGUUUCGAAUCUGUUCCCAUUAGCUCCAGAUGUGUCCCUAAGGAUGAGCCCAGUGUGCAGAGUCAGGCUGCUGUUUUUAUGGGUUUUGGGUAAACCCCCAUGUCCACUUUAAAGAUUAGUCACUUCUCUUUAAUAGUGCUUUCUUUUGAAAGUCGUCUUUUGUGAGGGUCUCUAACUGUCCCUCCCCACAAAGUGGUCCACAGGCAGUUUAAAAUUCUCCCAUAGCUAAGCAAGGAUUUGUGUCUUCAAGUUCAGUUUUUAAAAGGAAUUACCUAGGAGGAAUAGGACCUGACAACUGUAAAUGAGAAUUAGAGUACUGAAAAAACCCCCCACCCAAGUACAUUUUAUAUAUCAUGGAAAAGUGACCCUCAGCUUUGCCUUAGACUCAUAUGGCAAGAUCCCUUCCCCCCAUUUUGGUCUGUGAGCAAUCGUUUAAUACUAGAAACUUCUUUGUGGAAGAUGAGUGAGAUUUGAGCUAAAUUCCAAAAACAUGAGUGUCUAAUAUGGGAUCAUAUAGACACACUUUAAUAAAAUAAUUAACAUGGACUAUUCUUAAUGCAGAAAACAUUAGAACAGUGUUCACACAGGUUCCUGGGAGCGAGCUGGCAGCCCCAAAAGACGACCGCGCAGGCUACCUCCGGAGAGCCACACCGUGAGUUUUCACACGUUCCACCUGCAUUCCCUCUGCCCUCACCACGUCCUCUGGCCUCAGGCCUGUCACGUGCUCACUGUCCACCAGGACUAAAUACAAAAGAUUCAACCCUAAAAUAAUUUUGAAGAGGUUUUUCUUCAAAAACAAUGCGGUGAGAACAGAACAUUGUCAGCUUAAUAACAUUUCUGGAGGGUCUUAAUGGUAUUAGAAACAAACAAUGCGAAGUCAGCAAAAGCUCGUUGGUGAGACACUCUUCAUCUGGAUUACUUCACAGGCUAACUCAGCUAGAAGGGCAAUUAUAUUUUAUUUCAGUUAAAAAAAGUCAGUUCCCAAUUCUUGGCAGACCUACGUUAUAUAUUCAAAUAUAUAAGCUAAGUGGAAGCAAUUCCAGAAUUUUCUAGCAUGUGAAAACAGUUUGGUUGUUACUUAAAUCUGCUAAGAAACUUGCAUAUAUUGAGUUUUUCAAAUUCAAGGGUGAACCUUCAGUUUUUAGGUCUACUUUGAAACAAAACAUUUUUUAAAGUUUUUGGUGGGGGGAGAUAAUCAGGUUUGUUUAUUUUUAAUGGAGGUACUGAGGAUUGAACCCUGGACCUCAUGCAUGCUAGGCACACACUCUACCACUGAGCUAUACCCUCCCCACUAAAACAUUUUUAUUUAAUAAGAUUUAACACAUUUCCUUAAGAUGCUAAAAGUCUUAAAUAUAAUAAAGGUUAUGUGAAGGUAAUUAUAAAAAUACAUUGUUUAUUACCUAAAAAUAACGUUUGUGAAACACUGUGUGCCAGACACAGUGCUAAGUGCCUCGUACAUUCACAUUUAAUGCUCAUAAUAAUUGCUGUUAUCCCAAUUUGCUGGCUAUGGAAACUAGAGAGUCUAAGUAGACUUGCUUAAGGUCACAUAGGGAGUAAAUGACAGAGUUGACCACAGGCAGUUGAAGUUCCAGUGCUGAAAGAAAUCACGCAGUUUAAAAAAGCUGAAGAAAAAAUAUUUUUAGGCUGCAGAAUCCAUCAAAUGCCAUCUGACACGCACAGCUACUCUGGUUUAAGUGGGGCUUGGCUUGUGGCACCUACCUGUCCAAUUUCCAGCACAUCCCUGUAGACGAGAAGCCCAGUCUCAUCUUUCAUACGUGUGUCAGUUAAAGCCCAGAGGGGUAUGUGGACCCGCUCAAGGUCAUAAAACUACUUAUGGCAAAGCUUGGGCCAGAACUCAGGUCUUCUGCCUGCCUGGCCAGCACUCUUCCUUCCGCAGGACUUCUUUAGGAGUCUGCUGCUCGAGCUGAGUCUCAGCUCAUCAAGGAGAGCUACGGCUGCCUCCUCCUGUACCAUCUACCUUCAGUUUAGACGGGGUCUGCAUGAACGUUACCGAAUAGCAGCUGUGACAGGUGGGAAAAAAUAGGAUGAAUUGUAUCAUUCCUCCCCUCUCAUUCUGGGCUCAUAAGCUCGUGGGUGGUCCUUCUGUCACCUCCUCCUGGCUGUUACUGCCUUCCCCAGAUGUGUUGCUGUGAAGUAGUUCCUGGAUACUAACUUGUGUAACAUUCUCGCACCUUUUAGGCAGUGAUGCUUCCCCAUGGAGUCUGGUCUACCACUGUGCAAAAUACAUGCAUUUAUUGUGUUUAUAGCUCUCCAAGUUGCUGGAAUUUUUGCUCCAGUGGCAGCUCUAAGAUGUGCAUCCCCUGCAAUAUUAUUCUUAUAACCCUUUUUGUUGCAUUGGAGUUGAGGGUCUUUUUUCUUUUAAUUGCAAGGGUCCUCUUCACUUGUGGGGCUAGUCAGUGCUAUGUGACGGUGGGCUUCCUUUACAGGAAGGGGGUACGUGUGCCUAGGCAAGCCCAGAUCAGCUCUUGUGACUGCAGUCUGUACUGGGUGUCUAAAUGCCAUGACUGUUGGUCCUGUAACUUUGUUAUUCAGUGGUCCUGUGUACCUCAGAACCCACUGGCUGCCUGUAACUUGUCAUUUUUGUCCGAUGAAUGCUUUGCAUCAUUAAGCAGGCUUUUAAAUUUGGGCCUUUUGACAAAUGAAUGUUUGCUGUUGUGUGAAAGUAGAUUUUGAGAUCUGCUUUCUAUUCCUCCAGGUACUACUUUUUCUUUGCUAUAUGCCU